UCGGUGAGGCUGUUUUGAGAUACGCUCCUGUCUGCCGUCCCAGCAAAAUUCAAGUCUUCUCCUCGAAUCGAGUGAUUAUAUCACUUACAAGCUUCAGGCCUCUGAAGGCAGCAGGGAAACUAACUGUCUCUCCUCUGCCGCUCGCAAAAAUGAUGGAGAAUGAAGCCUUUGCCUCUUUUGUAUUCUUCGGCACCCUUCUGGUCAUAAAAAUGUACGUCCUGGCCAUCAUCACGGGACAAGUGAGGCUGCGGAAGAAGGCAUUUGCCAAUCCUGAAGAUGCUAUGAGACACGGAGGCGUGCAGUUUUAUAGAGAAGACCCUGACGUAGAACGUUGCCUCAGGGCUCAUCGUAACGAUAUGGAGAACAUCUACCCAUUCCUCUUCCUUGGGGCGAUCUACUCCCUCACGGAGCCCAACUUGACUGUUGCACGGAUCCACUUCCUGGUCUUCUUCUUUGGCCGGAUUGUCCACACGGUGGCCUACCUCCUGAUGCUGAGAGCCCCUACGCGAUCUGUGGCCUAUGUCGUGGCCCAGGUUCCCUGCUUCUCCAUGGCCCUACAGGUCAUCUUCAAGCUUGCUUUCUAGAGGCGUUGGUUUGAUAACCCGGCGGUGAUGUGGCGGUCAUGGAAAUUGGAAAGUGACAAGACAAUGGCUUCGUACCAUCUCCGUGGGACAAACUCCCUGUUUUUUCUUACUGUGGCGUUGGUGCCUUUUGAUUUCUUCCUCUUCCUCUGCCUGGAUGGAACCCUAAGCGUGCUGAACUUGACAACGUUUACUUGGAGGCCUUCUCUCCUGGGGACAUCUCCCUGGGGCAGGAUGAUCGAUGAUACAGAAGUGCAGGUCCAUCAAUCCC